UGUUCUCUCCUAUGGUCACGUGUCCGUGUCAUCCAAUCCUGUCUCGGCCGCUGUUCAACUUAUCAAAGGUCUGUAGUUCACAGUGAAGUCGACCGUUCCUAGAUUUGCAGAUUCCGUGCUUGUGUCUAUUCCGUGGUGAGGAUUGUACGCACGGUCGCGCCUGUGUGCGUUGUUUUUUUUUUGUUAUGUCGACCCUGGGCACUCUGGGUUACUACGCCGACUCGCACAUUCCUCACGAGGACGAUGAUCAUUUGGCGCCGCGGUUCCCAACUGCACCGGUGAUACAGAGCCAAGCUCGAGAGUCAUCUCUUUCUGAAUAUGGUGAGCCCGAUUCGUACCCUUUCCAAAGCAAGUCGGCUAUUUUUGGCGCUUCGUGGAGCCCCGUGCCCGUACAACCGCCGGGCGGUGCAUCUAUCGCAUACCAUCCUUACAUACAUCAACCGUGUCCGACAGUAGAGUCGGAUGGAGCGUCUGCGCGCGCUUGGGCGCUCGAGACCCUUUCUGCGUCCGUGCCUUUCGCCGGAUUAUCGACAGAUGUGCAUCACGAUAUAAAACUCGAGCCCUUGGUCGGGAGCGGUGAGUGCACCACGCUGGAUGCACGGACUCUAAUGCCCCCUGAUGCUCAAAACAACGCGAACUCUGCGGUGAAGGAGGCGGAUCUGAGCCAUGCGGAUGUGACAGAGCCAAGCGACGAGAAAACGUUAGCGGAGACUAAGCCGGAUCUGGACCCGAAUAACCCUGCGUCCAACUGGCUACAUGCGAAGUCCACGAGAAAAAAACGAUGCCCAUACACUAAGCAUCAGACUCUCGAGCUGGAGAAGGAGUUUCUCUUUAAUAUGUACCUGUCUCGUGACCGUAGAUACGAAGUGGCAAGACUGCUAAAUCUCACCGAGAGACAAGUUAAAAUAUGGUUCCAAAAUCGUAGGAUGAAGAUGAAGAAAUGCAACAAAAAUCGCCCGAAAGACAUCUGAAGUUAAGGAGUACUGAUGAGUGCACACACUGCAAUGUUUUGGACAGCUUUCGUUCCUGCGCACACUACAUGCCUCUACAACAACAUAAACAAAAACAACAACAAAAUUCAUUUCCAACAUUUUUCGGUGUGAGAAUGUGCCGGUUUAACCGAUUGCGUUUUGUUAUAAGGCUGUUUGUUAGUCCUCUUGUGUCGUGUUUGCUUGUAGUAGGUCCAAGUGUUUAUAAUCGUGUACAUUUUGAGCCUCAUUCAGAUUUGAGGAACUUUCCAUGUAGGCUACUGAUUUCAGGGACAUAUACUAAAUGCUCGAUAUAUUUAAUAUUGUUGAUUUGCAUGAGUGUCAGUUGCUUUUUAAAAAUGCCAGAAUGACUUCUGUCCAGAUAUUUAAUGUUUAAUGUAAUGUUUAAUGUAACUACCUAGAUGUAUUUGAACUACCUAUUUGCAGUAUGAAAAUAAGUGUUUUGUCAUUGAGACAUUGGUGAAUUUUGUAUCAUAAACAUGCUUGAAUUUUUUUGUGACUGGAAAAAGCCUGUACACAUAAAUACCUCAAAUCAUCAGUUAGCU